AUGGCAAGCUAUUUGUAUCUCGUAGUCGCUUUUAGCUUUAUUUUUGUUGUCACGCAUAGUUUUGCUGACGACACAUUAUCAUUUCCUAAAGAUUUCCUAUUUGGCACUGCUACAUCCGCUUAUCAAAUAGAAGGAGCUUGGAAUGAAGGCGGUAAGGGCGAAAAUGUUUGGGACCACUUUGUACACGAACAUCCAAAUUUAAUAAGUGAUGGUAGCAAUGGCGAUGUG